AUGAACGGUCCUCACCAACCUGGUAUUCUGCACACCCCAGGUUUUGCCCACUAUUCAGUCGCUUGGUCGCCAUUUCACCCUACUAGACUCGCACUCGCAUCGUCUGCUAAUUUUGGACUUGUCGGAAACGGUCGAUUGCAUCUCGUCUCUGCUAAACCAAACCCUGGCGGACCUUCGAGUCUCAAUCUUGAUAAACAAUACGAGACUCAAGAUGGACUAUAUGAUGUAGCUUGGUCUGAAAUACACGAAAACCAAUUGGUGACCGGUUCAGGAGACGGUUCUAUAAGAUUGUGGGAUGUUAUGCUCAAUGAUCUCCCUAUCCGUGCGUGGCAAGAGCAUACUCGUGAAGUAUUCUCUGUGGAUUGGUCUAACCUCAAAAAGGAUACGUUUGCGUCGGCAUCAUGGGAGGGAACCGUAAAAUUGUGGACUCCCGACCGAGCUAGAUCUAUUGCAACACUUAAAGCUCAUCAAGCAUGCGUUUACCAAGCUUUGUUUUCACCCCACCAACCAGACCUUUUGUCUACUUGCUCAACUGAUGGCACCGUUAAGAUUUUUGAUCUUCGUGCGCCUUCUUACGUUAACACGGGCCCAAAUGCGAAUACAUUUACAAGCCCCGUAUCUGCCGCAGUGUUAACUAUUCCUGCAUCGGGGACAGAGGUUUUAACGAUCGACUGGAACAAAUAUCGCUCAAUGGUUCUAGCAAGUGCUGGUGUCGAUAAGAGUGUCAAAAUUUGGGAUUGCCGAAUGAUCAAUACCGGAGAGGUUGGUCAGGUUGGGGGAAUUUGCGAGACACAAUUACUUGGACACGAAUAUGCCGUUCGUAAAGUUCAAUGGAGUCCCCACCGUCCAGAUGUGCUUGCAACAGCUAGCUAUGACAUGACUUCUCGAGUUUGGACCACAACGCCAACUCCAGGAAGACCACAGCUACUUCACAUACACGACCCUCACACCGAAUUUGUGGUAGGAUGCUCGUGGUCGCUGUACGAUGAGGGAAUUUUGGCAACAUGUGGAUGGGAUGAAAGUAAUCGCUCAUCCUUCGCCGCAGCAGAGCACAACAGCUACUCUAAUCUUGUCAUGGAUGCAGAAGAUUUUCUGUCGGAUUCUCUACAAACACUGUACGACUACCAACCUAUCACAUUGACAACAACAGGUGCACCGUUUAGCUAUACGUUUAAACUUCCUUCAAUCUCGAAUAAGUCCUCAGGAGACGUACACCAACCCAUCACAAUCUCUUUAAAAACUCCCGAUACAGACGCUGCCAAUUGGGAUCUACAUGCGUCGUCCAUCUGGGCUUCCUCAGUAUACCUUUCUGAUCAUAUAUACGACCUUGAUCUAGAAAGUCAUAUACAUUUGUCUUCACGCGAAGAUCCUGUACGCGUUUUGGAACUCGGGGCGUCUGCGGGGCUCCCAAGCAUCUUGAUAGCCAAGUUAUAUUUCGACGUUAGGGUCACUUCGACUGAUUAUCCCGACAAACUUUUGAUUCAAACUUUGGCUGAAAACGUCGAAUCGAAUAACGCGUCAGAUCGAUGCAAAGUGCUCCCGUUUGGAUGGGGAACAGAUCCAUCUCCAAUUUUACAUGAAAACAGGAAAUUUGAUGUGAUCAUGGCAGCGGAUACCCUCUGGAAUCCUGAACUGCACACCAUUUUUACCCACGCCUUGAAAUCGACCUUGAAGAGAACAACAACAUCGAGGGCACAUCUGGUGGUUGGAUUACACACAGGAAGAUAUACCAUUGAUUCCUUUUUGCGGAAAGUAUUGGAGAAUGGUUUCGAGGUACAAAGUAUAGAGGAAAGGGAAAGGCUAGGAUCUUCCAAACGCAAUUGGCAGGUUUUUCGAGAAGCUGAGGAUGACAAGGAAAGAAGACGAUGGGUAAUAUGGAUACAAUUGAAAUGGAGCGAAUCGGAGGUGGAGUUAUACAGAAGUAGUACUAGCUAG